CUCUCGCUUUGCGAGCGCUCGAAGCUGGCGCUUGAAAUGGUAGCAGCGGGACUCGUUCCCAACGAAAACAUUGCAGCAGAGACGGCGACGGGUGGAGACUGAGCAGCGGGUGGCGAGGCUCGGGUGGCGAGGUUGGCUUUCAGACGGCUUUCGGAGAGCGAUUGCGAGCGCGCGAGAGAGAGAGAGAGAGAGAGAGAAAGAAAGAGGGCGACACUGAGGGGUGGAGUUCCAGAGGGUUGGAGCGCGUUGGUUCAAGGCUCCCGAGAAGUUCCUGGAAAGCGUAGGGAGAUCGAAGGGGGAAGGAAGAGCAGGUGACCACAGAGGUAGAGCGGUGCGGGGAGGCGAAGGAUUUACAGGUGAAGGUUUUAAGGACAUAGAGCUACUCACAAACCUUUGAAUAGUGGAAACCUUUCUGUAACAGAGUUGACUGGCUGGAAGGAUCAGUGAUUUGGACGCAACUUGUGAUCCCUUAGGUUAUGCGCCAUGCCUAUAGUCGACAAGUUGAAAGAAGCCCUGAAGCCCGGACGGAAGGACUCCAUAGACGAAGGCGACCUGAACAAACUGCUCGCGGCCUCAGCCAAGAAGGUCCUUCUUCAGAAGAUCGAAUUCGAACCGGCCACCAAGGGCUUCUCCUAUCAGCUGGAAAACCUGAAGAGCAAGUAUGUGAUUCUGAACCCCAAGAGUGACGGGGCGACUGCCUGCCAGAACGCAGACGCUUGUAGCAUCGCAAGUAAAAAGCAAGUUCACGAUUUGAGCGGCAGCCCAGACGAUGGCAUCCCACCCCCACAGAAAGUGCUGUUCCCGAUGGAGAAGUUGUCCCUCAAAUGGGUACGGGUGUACAGAGUCGGAGCUGGACUCCAUAACCUCGGGAACACAUGUUUCCUGAACUCCACUAUACAGUGUUUGACCUACACACCACCACUGGCUAAUUACCUUCUCUCGAAAGAGCACAGUAAAACAUGUCCACAAACUGGAUUUUGCAUGAUCUGCAUCAUGCAGAACCAUUUGAUACAGGCCUUUGCCAACUGUGGGAAUGCCAUCAAGCCCCUCUCCUUCAUCCGGGAACUGAAAAAAAUCGCGAGGCAUUUUCGCUUUGGAAACCAAGAGGACGCACACGAGUUUCUGAGAUACACAAUUGACGCUAUGCAGAAGGCCUGUCUGAACGGUUACACUAAGCUGGAUCGACAAUCUCAAGCUACUUCACUGGUCCAUCAGAUCUUUGGGGGCUACCUAAGGUCACGGGUUAAGUGUUCUGUGUGUAAAAGUGUAUCCGACACGUAUGAUCCUUAUUUGGACAUCGCUCUUGAAAUAAGGCAAGCGCCCAAUAUCGUCCGUGCUCUCGAGCUCUUCGUGAAGCCCGAUAUCCUCAGCGGGGAGAACGCUUACAUGUGUGCAAAGUGCAAGAAGAAGGUCCCGGCAACCAAACGCUUCUCCAUCCAUCGGGCCUCCAACGUGCUGACCCUGUCCCUCAAGCGCUUUGCGAACUUCAGCGGUGGCAAAAUCACAAAGGACGUUGGCUAUCCCGAACACCUGAACAUUCGGCCCUACAUGUCCCAACCUAAUGGGGAGCCGGUUACCUACGGGCUGUACGCGGUGCUGGUUCACUCGGGCUACAGUUGUCAUGCUGGCCACUACUACUGUUACGUCAAGGCCAGCAACGGGCAAUGGUAUCAAAUGAACGAUUCGAUGGUCCACUUCAGCAAUAUCAAGGUGGUGUUGAACCAGCAAGCUUACGUGCUUUUCUACAUAAGGACGUCGAACGCCAAGGGCAGCGUGGACGGCGGCGUGUCGAAACCGAAUUCCGUGCAGCCGGGGGCCAAACCCAGCAACGGGACUCCCCUGCUGAAGAAACCGACGCUGAACGGAUUCCUGGGAUCUCCUCAGAGGCUGAAGAAACUGGAGUCUCCUCAAGCCAAGCUGCUCGCCGGGGGAGUUGGGGUGCCCGUCCCUAGAAACAGCUCCAACCAGUCGCCCAAACUCCCGGCCAAACUUGCGUCCACGCCCACCUUCAUCGACGAGUCGUUGAAGAAGAUUAAGAAAUCGUUACCUCAGCUGCAGCCGAAAUCUUCUCAGGGUCAGAGUCAGGGUCAGACGGUCAACGGGUGCGGAAGUGGCAGCAGGACAUCAUCGACCGGAGACAGCGCCAAGCCGACUACGCCAGAGAGCAAGGGUCUGCCCGCAUCUACCUCAUCCAAGUCCUUGUCGGCGGCCGGCACUGGCGGGCAGGAGCAGAAAGGGAAGGAAGAGGCCUCGAGCAGGUCGAAGGGCACCAGCACCCCCAAGCACUGCGUGAACGGCAACAGCGUGGCCAAGAACGGGCUGAGCAGCCACUCCGAACCGGAGGAAUCCGACUCCGACUCCCAAUCCCAGGCGCACAGCUCGGCCACGGAGAGGACUGAGAGCGGAGCCGAGGAGCAGGCCCUGGCCAAGAUCAAGCCCCAGCUCCUAGCCCAAGAGCAGUCCAGCACCAUGUCCCCUCCUCCGGCCAAGAGGCUCGCCCUGUCGGCCAAAAAGGCCACCUACAGCUGGAAAGCGACAGAAAGUGACCCUCACUUCCCAUCACUCUCAUCAUCAGAUAUUCACGCCCGCAAAGCAAAAUUAGUGAAAAAAGACCACAUAUUCGCUUCUCCUGCAGACAAAACUAGGACUAUCCCGCCUGCUCCAACAAAAGUGCAGAUUCCUCACCGCACCGGAUCCAUUUCGCCAUCCAAAGUCACCAAAAAAUCCCCCCGAGCGCCUGCUUCCCUCGAGCCACGCGUGGCCAUCACCGUCACCACCAUCGCGCCCCCCCCCACUGCUGCCGCUGAGACGUGCGCGGCGCCCGCUCCUCCGACGGCGGACGGCAGAACUACCUCACCGGGGCACUGCGCCCCCCCGGCUUCGCCCGGCAGAUUCCCCGGCAAGGGCUGCGCUCCUGGAGCUCGGUCGCCGGACGGGGGCACUCGCUCGGGUCCCGAGAUAAAGAGGAGCAAGAAGAAGAAAACCGACGGCAAGAGAAAGCAGCGAUGGAGAGAGCAGCCCGACUCCGAGGUGGGGGGGGGUCUCAUCGGCCCCGAAUCGCCCCAGAGCCGCGGCCAGGCCCAGCCCCGGGGCAAGAAGAAGCAGAAGCGACCGAGGGUCGAGGAGGAGGAGGAGGUUGGUGGCGUUGACUCUGCCCCGAUGCAGGGAGAAAUCAACGGGAACCACCCGCUGGCAGAGACCACGUCCUCGGUGAAACUGAAGAGGAAGAAGAAGAAAAAGAAACAAAGGAAAAAUCUCACAGAGGAGGAGGAGGAGGAGGACGAAGAGGGUGAUCACUGUGCUGAGGCUGCAUUGGAAAUUCGCAAUCACUCGGGGAGGGACGAACCAGAAGUUCAAAGGCCCGAAGAGCUGGACCGCGGGGAGAGCAGUCACGAGGAGAAGGCAAUCAAGAGGAGAGAGAAGAAAUGCAGGAAACGAAAGCGGAGCCUAAGUUUAGAUGAAAGUCCAAGCUCUGUUGUGCUCCUGCCUGUUAAAGCAGUUCCGGUCAUCAAGUGGGACAGCCAAGUGAGGGACGGGUACAGACGUCCAGCCAACCUGCCUGAGGAAGACGAGGCUGGCUCCAAACCGGAUCUAGAACCAGUCGCAACCUUAGCCUGGGAUGGGAAGAAGGAGUCCAGUGUAGUGCAGGAACUCCUGAAACAUUCCAACGACACAGCAUACGGAACCCAAGUCUUGACGUGGAAUGGGGACGUGUCAGCCGUCAGGCAAAAUGCAAUAGACGAUGCAGAGCAAGCGAAGAGCAACUGUGUGAUCGAUGAUUGGGAUGAAUAUUUUGACCUGGGGAAGGUCAAGAAAAUGAAAAAGUUCAAGCGAGACAGGAGAAGAAACUUCAACGCUUUCCAGAAGAUGCAGAACAGAAGGAAUUUUUGGUCCACCACUCCCUCGGGGAAGUUUGGCUUCGGUUUCAGAUUCUGAAAUGACUUAAGUGGAUUGUCGACGUUAGCCAAGUAUCUUCAGAGGAAGCGGGAGAGAGGACCAGAACAGACCUGUGUUGAAGCGAGUGCAAUGGUUUUUCGUCGCGAUUGUGAACGGUUGCGAUGGGACCGCGCGGCAGUCCGGGGAUUAACUGCGAACCCAGGGCGCCGGCGGCAGACACGCACUUGCUUUAACGGAGACGCGGGAACAGGGAAACUGACCGUGAGCUUCAGCUUCAGCAACCGAAGACUGGGUUUGGAUGAAAAGACUGAAAUCCUACAAAGAGAGAGAGAGAGAGCGAUG